AUGGCCUGCUGUCUGUCGGAGGAGGCGCGCGAGCAGAAGCGCAUCAACCAGGAGAUCGAGAAACAGCUCCAGCGUGACAAGCGCAAUGCACGACGAGAGCUCAAACUUCUCUUAUUAGGUACCGGCGAAUCAGGGAAGUCGACGUUCAUUAAACAGAUGCGAAUUAUUCACGGGAACGGUUAUUCGGAUGAAGAUAAGCGGGCACAUAUUCGUCUAGUUUACCAAAAUGUCUUCAUGGCCAUACAAUCUAUGAUCCGGGCUAUGGAUACGCUCGGCAUCGAAUUCGGUGAUCCCUCAGAAGAGUUGCAAGAGAAGGCAGCAGUCGUUCGUGCUGUAGAUUUCGAGAGUGUGACUUCGUUUGAGGAACCGUAUGUAUCAUACAUCAAAGAACUGUGGGAAGACCGUGGUAUUCAAGAAUGUUAUGACCGCCGACGGGAAUACCAACUGACCGACUCUGCGAAAUAUUAUCUGUCAGAUCUUCGACGGUUAGCAGUACCGGAUUAUUUACCAACAGAGCAAGAUAUUCUGCGGGUGCGAGUACCAACAACCGGUAUCAUAGAAUAUCCCUUCGAUUUGGAACAAAUAAUCUUUAGGAUGGUAGACGUUGGAGGACAACGUUCUGAGCGGCGGAAGUGGAUUCACUGUUUUGAAAACGUUACAUCAAUCAUGUUCCUUGUCGCUCUCUCUGAAUACGACCAAGUCCUAGUCGAAUGCGACAAUGAGAAUCGCAUGGAAGAGUCAAAGGCGUUAUUUAGAACAAUCAUCACAUAUCCAUGGUUCACAAACUCGUCUGUCAUCCUCUUCCUGAAUAAGAAGGAUUUGUUGGAAGAGAAAAUACUAUAUUCCCAUUUAGCUGAUUAUUUUCCCGAAUAUGAUGGACCACCACGAGAUCCAAUAGCUGCGCGUGAAUUCAUUUUGAAAAUGUUCGUCGAUUUGAACCCGGACGCCGACAAGAUCAUCUACUCCCACUUCACAUGCGCAACAGAUACGGAAAACAUCCGUUUCGUUUUUGCCGCUGUAAAGGAUACGAUUCUACAGCAUAAUCUCAAGGAGUAUAAUCUGGUGUAG